AUUGAAUUCAUUUGAAUAAAACGCCUCCCCAUAUUUAACAGCCCCACAGGAAGCUGGUGAUAAACAUCCGUGGUGCUUUUAUUCUGAAGAGCCAACCGGAAGCGGCUCUGGUCUCUUGUCGGUUCGUUCAGCGGCGCGUCGUCGCCACUCACCGCGGAUCGAGCCCGCAGCGGAGCGGCUGCUGCCGGACUCUUCACCUGGUCGCUCGGCUUUUCUCGGAAACACUCGAGUUCGUUUGAAGAACUCGGAAAAAUCCGGUUCGGAUCCAGAAACCCGGAAGAGCUUGUGGCCAUGGAGGGCGACUGCCUGAGCUGCAUCAAAUAUCUCAUGUUCGUCUUCAACUUCUUCAUCUUCCUGGGCGGCUCCGUCCUGCUGGCCGUGGGCGUCUGGGUGUCGGUCGACCCGCUGGGCUUCAGGGAGGCGGUGGCGGUGAGCCCCCUGCUGGUCACCGGCGUCUCCGUGGUUCUGGUUCUGGGCGGGCUGCUGUUCCUGCUGGGCUUCCUGGGCUGCUGCGGCGCCGUCCAGGAGAACCGCUGUCUGCUGCUGCUGUUCUUCAUGCUCAUCCUCUUCAUCUUCCUGGCGGAGCUGGCGGCGGCCAUCUUGGCCUUCCUCUUUAGGGAGAACUUAAGCAGAGAGUACUUCAGCCGGGAACUGAAACGCCACUACCAGGGCCGGAACAACAGCGAUGUCUUUACGUCCACCUGGAACGUCAUUAUGACCACGCUGGAGUGCUGCGGCGCCAGCGGCCCCGAUGACUUCCAGCAGAGCCUGUUCCGGCUGCUCCACCCCAACCAGCUACUUCCUGAGGCCUGUUGCCAGGGUGACGGCCACCUGGGCGAGGGCGGCAUUGAGCAGUGCGUCAGCGGCGGCGUGGCGUUCCGGCACAGCAAGGGCUGCUACUCGGCCUUGGUGGAAUACUUUGAGACGUACAUCUACGCUGCAGGAGCGCUGACCAUCGGCGUGCUGACCAUCGAACUCUUCGCCAUGGGCUUCGCCUUGUGUCUGUUCAGAGGCAUCCAGUAGACUCUUCCUCCUCCUCCUCCUCCUCCUCCUCCUCCUCCUCCUC